CCACCGCAACUCCCGCGACCACUUAGUUCCACGCCUGGCUUCGGCCACGAUGGGCCACUUCUGCGUCGCAUCUUCGUCUCUGUUCUCGAGUCAGCUAACACAAGUCACCCCUUAGAGCUGAAGGAAACCCAUCUGGGACCCCUCACGAGCACCUUCUCGAGGUCACCUUCAACCUCCACCAUCACAGACAAGGACAGCAAGAGCCAAGGGGACAUCUCUGGUGCUGUCACACCCACAAAUGAGAACACCAUCGCGGCCUCGGAAGCCCUUACGCAAGCUCCCGUCGUUGCCCCUCCCAAGCCCGGUAUUCUUGUCGUUACCCUUCACGAAGGUCAAGGGUUCUCCCUCCCCGAACAGCACCGCGCUUCCUUCAACAACCCAGCACAUGGUGGCAACUCGCUGUCGACCGGAAAUGCUCUCAACAUGUCAAGUUCGAUCCGCCCCUCGUCUUCCUCGAGGACCUCGGGUUUCAUGGGCAGGCCCCAGACCUCGGGCGGUUUCUCCGGCAUCCCCACCAACCACGGUCGUAUCUCGUCCAAGUACAUGCCCUAUGCCCUGAUCGAUUUCGACAAGUUGCAAGUGUUUGUCAACUCGGUCGAAGGAACACCCGAGAACCCUCUCUGGGCCGGCUCCAACACCCAAUACAAGUUCGAUGUUUCCAGAGUAACAGAGUUGGUGAUUCAUCUUUAUAUCCGCAAUCCCAAUGCGCCACCGGGAUCCGGCCGCAGCCAGGAUAUUUUCCUCGGUGUGGCCCGUAUUAACCCCAGAUUCGAGGAGAAGCAACCAUACGUUGAGGAUCCCAAGGCCAGUAAGAAGGACCGGGAAAAGGCCGCGGCCGAACACGCCAACCGGGAAAAGACGCUCGGACAGACUGGUGUGGAGUGGGUGGACGUGCAAUAUGGCACCGGCAAGAUCAAGAUUGGCGUCGAGUACGUGGAGAACAGAGCUGGAAAGCUCAAGAUUGAAGACUUUGAGCUCCUCAAGGUGGUGGGCAAGGGCAGCUUCGGCAAGGUCAUGCAGGUAAAGAAGAAGGACACAAACCGGAUUUACGCCCUGAAGACCAUCCGGAAAGCCCACAUCAUCUCUCGGUCUGAAGUGGCGCAUACUCUCGCCGAGAGAUCGGUGCUCGCCCAGAUCAACAAUCCCUUUAUCGUUCCGCUCAAGUUCACCUUCCAGAGCCCCGAGAAGCUCUACUUCGUCUUGGCCUUUGUCAACGGCGGCGAGCUUUUCCACCACUUGCAAAAGGAGCAGCGGUUCGACGUUAACCGCAGUCGAUUCUACACCGCCGAGCUUUUGUGUGCUCUCGAGUGUCUGCACGGGUUCAACGUCAUUUACCGUGACCUGAAGCCCGAGAAUAUUCUUCUCGACUAUCAAGGUCACAUUGCCUUGUGCGACUUCGGCCUGUGCAAGCUUGACAUGAAGGAUGAAGACCGUACCAACACGUUCUGCGGCACCCCCGAGUAUCUGGCGCCUGAAUUGUUGAUGGGUAACGGCUACAACAAGACAGUCGACUGGUGGACACUCGGUGUUCUCUUGUACGAGAUGUUGACGGGUCUGCCUCCCUUCUACGAUGAGAACACCAACGAGAUGUACCGCAAGAUUCUCAGCGAGCCUCUGCACUUCCCCAGCCAGGAGGUUGUACCGCCAGCCGCCAAGGACCUGCUCACUAAGCUCCUCAACCGCGAUCCCCAACAGCGUCUUGGUGCGAACGGCUCCGCAGAGAUCAAGGCUCACCCCUUUUUCCAUGCCAUAGAUUGGCGCAAGCUGCUUCAGCGCAAGUAUGAGCCCACAUUCAAGCCCAGCGUGGUUGAUGCUCUGGACACGGCAAACUUUGACCCCGAAUUCACCUCGGAGCCGCCACAAGAUUCGUACGUCGAGGGACCUGUUCUCUCCCAGACGAUGCAGAACCAGUUCACUGGCUUCAGUUACAACCGUCCUAUUGCCGGUCUCGGCGACGCUGGUGGCAGUGUUAGGGAUCCAUCUUUUGUCGGCAGCAUCCAGGACCGAUAA